AAAAAAAGAACGGAAACAUGUGGGAGGGGAGAGGAAGAAAGAAGGAAUAAAUAGAAUGAGAAGGAUGUUGAGGGAACCAAUCAGCGUGCUAGUUUCUUCUGCUCAACAUACUACGUCAUACGGCAGCGCACUAGCAGUGACCAAAGCAAGUUGCUUAACAAAUGGCUAACUAACCGUCUCUUUACUUUACUCGUCCUGGCCUCUGGACUCACAGCAGCCAGUCGGGCGCUCAUUGAUAAUUAUUUAUUUUUUUUAAAUCCUGGAAGAAAUUGCAGAAGGUGGAAACAUUUAAAAACAAAUUGUCAACUUUUUAAAAGAACGUGAGUGGACCUAAUAAGUUCCCUAAAGUGAGUGUCCAAGAUGAUGUCCGAUAAUGGAUAUAUCGAUGGCUCUUGGCAGCUGAAUAUAAACGUGACUGAUUUAAAUGUCGAUAUAGCUCUACGAGUGAAAGGUGACCUGCAUAUCGGCGGGGUUAUGUUACAACUAGUCGAAGCCCUCGAUAUUGCAUUAGAUUGGUCUGAUCAUGGAAUAUGGUGGCCAGCACGGAACAGAUGGCUUAAUCGUACUCGAUCCACAUUGGAUCAGUAUGAAGUUCAAGCUGAUGCAAAACUGGAGUUUACUCCUAUGCACAAACCGCUUCAGAUACAGCUGCCAAACUUGAGCAUCAUUGAGCUUCCUGUGGAUUUUUCUUGUAAUGUUUUUGGAGCUGUUAUCCAAAUAUGUAAAAAAUGUGGAAUCCGCCAUCCUGAAGAACUUUCGCUGAUGAGGAAAUUAGAAAAAGAAGAUCUGAAGAAAAACACACUUAUCCCUGUUCAACAUAAACGUCAUCGACAAAAGCAACCAAUGAGUCCAUAUGUUGAUUCUCCAAACAGCCACAAUAACUCCUCAAAUAGUCUUGAUUUUUACAGCCCACACUCAAACCGCUCACCACAGAGCACGUUACAUCACAGUCCUGGUAGCGUACAUAGUUUAUCAUCCAACUCUCCUCAAAACACAUUUAAUGCCAACAACAGCUAUUUUGCAGGAUCAAUGCACAGCCUGCACUUAGAUGGAGGCUAUGAGCAAAUAUUGCUCAAUGGUCCUCAUAAACCUACCAAGGAAGCUUUCAAUCUGCUGUUGCGUCCAAAGACCUUUGCAGAAAAGGCCAGAAUGAAUAAAGGAUGGCUUGAUUCUUCAAUUUCAUUAAUGGAACAAGGUAUCCGUGAAAGACAUCUACUUUUACUUAGGUUUAAGUUUUUCACAUUCUAUGACCUCAGUCCAAAGUAUGACAGUGUCCGAAUAAACCAAAUCUAUGAGCAAGCUAAAUGGGCUUUGAUAUCCGAAGAAAUAGACUGUACUGAAGAAGAGAUGGUAAUGUUUGCUGGCUUACAGUUACAAGUCCAAUUGGAGAGUCAAAACCCACAACCUGAAAUAUUUGAUCAAACUGACGGCCAAGAAGAGGAUGAUAUUGAUUCUGCCUUAAAAGAAUUGAAAGAGUCUUUGGAAGGGACAACGGCCCCUUCUUCAAAUGACAUCACAAACGUACCAGAGUUAGACGCUUUCAUCAAAAUAUUCAAACCCAAAAAGUUCACUCUGAAGAAUUUUAAGCGUUAUUAUUGCGUCUUUAGAGAAUAUACUAUUUCUUUAUAUAAGAGUAAAGAAGACCGGGCUGGGGAACCUAUUGCAAGAAUUAGUACCAAAGGCUGUGAGGCCAGUCCUGAUGUAAACCUUUCAAGUCAGAAAUUUGGUAUUAAGUUAUUUGAACCCACAAAAGAAGGAAUGUCAGAAAUUUGGCUUCGGUUUGACACAAAAGAACUUUACUGUGACUGGAUGGCAGCCUGUAGAUUGGCUUCUAAAGGCAAAACAAUGGCAGACAGUACAUAUGAAAGUGAGGUAACAACACUGAAGACCUUCCUGAGUAUGCAAGAACCUGCAGCCGAUGACUCAAUUGUAUCAUCCAGUGGCUCAGUUCCAGAUAUCAAUGUUGAAGAUUUUGUUGCACCUCGAUUUGUAAGAAAACUCAAAGCUGGACAGUUUCUCAAACGUAUUAAAGAAGCUCACUCCAAUGUGAAAAAUAUGAGUUUGACAGAAUCCAAGAUGGCAUAUAUCAAAGCAUGGCAGGCACUACCAGAAUAUGGCAUUACUUAUUUUAUAAUAAAGAUGAACAACAUGAAAAAAGAGGAAUUAAUUGGUGUGGCAAACAACAGAAUUAUACGGAUGGAUCUUCAGUCUGGUGACUCUGUUAAAACCUGGCGUUACAACACACUGCAGACAUGGACAGUAAACUGGGAAACCCGGCAAGUUAUCCUGAAGUUUGAAGAAGAGAAUAUCAUCUUUGACAGUCCAGCAGCAGACUGCAAAGUUGUUCAUGAGUUUAUAGGCGGUUACAUUUUCCUCUCAAUGCGUUCUUCUGACAAAAACCAGACAUUAGAUGAAGCUCUCUUCCAUAAAUUAACUGGUGGGAGAUUGUAAUCUUGCCCAUUAACUUCUGUAGAGACUUGUUGAUUUCUGAAAAUGUGACCUACCCCAUUACCAUUAUUAAUGAGUUGCAUUUCUGUUCAACAAACUUAACAUGGAUUCUUGCUGUAAACUAUUGUAUGUAUUCCUACAAUUCUAUCAAGGAAGCAAUUAUUUUCUAAAACCCAUACAUAAGGCAUGCAAAACUUCAGAACUUGAUUUUGUCUCUACUAGCUACAAACUUCCAUAUUUUUUUUUGUACACUUUAAGUUUUAAGAAAAUAUCUUGGGGGUUUAAAAUAUACUUUUAUGCUUCUCCAUGACAAAUUAUAUAUUUAACACACACACAUUCACACAUUAAAAAAGGCUUUUAAUUAAAAUACAAAAAAAAAAAGGUAGUUGAAAAGAAAGGGAAAUAUAAGUUGUCAGCAUGAAAUUGUUUAGCCUUGUAGGCAAAUUUGUAUAGAUGCCUUUUUAUUUUUUCAUAAAUAAAGCUGCUUGCUUGCCAUGCAGGUGAUUCUGUUUAGAGUGUAAUCUAGUUUUACUCUGGAAACCUCUGGCAGAUUAGAGAAUGUGUGCAUACACAUCAACACAAACAUUAUUAAGCAGUUGCAUUUUUUAAAAAAAAAUGUGAAUCAAUUUUAGGGCUGAAUUUUUAAUUACCUGUUAGAACCUGUGUUUUUAUAACAUAAAUGCAAAGCCCAGUGGUACUUUGGUAGCUUUACUGUUUUGUUGCUUCUUCACUGAAUGAUAAGGCAAGAAGCUUGCAAGGAGGUUCGUGUUACCUACCAAUAUCACACUUCAGCCAUUGAUAUUGCCACAUCUCUCCCUUUAUUGCCCCAGAUUUCUGCUCUUGCUUCUGAGGGUUUGUCUUAAAAACAAAAUUUUGUGGAAUAAGAACAAUGACAUGAAUUAAAACCUUAGUUAGGUCAAUUCAAUUUAAUCCCUCACCUCAGCAGUUAAAUUUAAAUAACUCUCCCAUUAAAUCAUUUCUUAAAUAUUAAAUUAAAUUUAUAAAAAAAACAUUGUUUUAAUUGAAAAUGUAAAGAUUAACUUUAUGCUCCUGGAGGAGUUACUAUCAGCUUAAACUCGCUCAAUUCUGGGAGUUUGUGUGUAUGUGUGUUAGCAUGCAUGUUUGAGAGAGAAAAGAACAGAACUUGAGUAGUUUUUCAUCUGCUCAGUUACAAAUAAAUUUAACUAAUUUGGUUGGGAAUCUGGUAGGGGUUUAUUUUUAAUAGUUAGGGAUAUGGGAGGGGUUUAUUUUUAUGAAUUUUUUUUCUAAUGAAAUUGUAAAAUAAAUUUAUUGCUUGUUU